AUGUCUGCUGGUGGAGAUGAGCAUGCUUAUUACACGAGCGCUCAUUUUCCCUCGUUUUUGUUGUCUUUGAUGACAGAUGACCCAGUAAGUCGCCUACCGUUCCCCAACACCGUCUCGAACGUCAGGCAACCAAGAAGAUUUCCUACACCCCAACGCCAUCUUGAAUGA